AUCGGCAGUAUUGCGAUCGCUGCCUUGACAUAAUUAGUGCUACGAUCCCUGACAUUGUCUGUGACAGCGCAGCCGUGUUUUCGUCAGAAGCUUCGGCACUCGGCGACGCGGCAAGGCUCCAGCGGUGAUCACUGCCGUUUCUGCUUGCCACCAAAACAUAUUUCUUUAUCCUUACUUCUUCACGGCGAGCGCAUCGACACGCCUUUGGCCGCCGUUAGCCCCACUCUCUUUUGUGAAGCUGACUUCUGAAGCCCAUACCUCACAAGUGGGCUGCUCAAAUAUCACUAGGACACUAGGUUCUACACGGGCCUGUCUCGGCGGUAGCUUCCCCGAGGCCCACCGCUCGCGUCACAACCACCUCCCCGCAAUUCCCUAGCUGUCUCCGCGAGCCUCGGCUCGCGUUAGCCCCGGCAACCAUGGGCAAGAUGGAGCGUAAGGAGGCAAAGUUGGAACGGGACGAGAGCAAGAAGUCCCAGGCCAAGGUGAAGGCCCAGAAGGACGCCGAGGACGCCUACUGGUCGGCCCAAGGCGAGAACGACAAGAGCAAGGCGGCCAAAAAGCGUGAGGAGGAGGAGAAGAAAAAGGCCGAGCUGGCGGCUAAGAAGGCGGAAGCGAAGCGGUUGGCGGAUGCGGAGCUGGAGGAACUCGCCAAGACCAAGGCGCGCGCGGAGAAGGCCGGCUCGUCGAAGGUGACGCACUACCAGCUGCAGCAGCAGCGCGAGUUCGAGGACCAGCUCAAGGCGGCGGAGGCGGCGGAGCGCGACAUGGCCAGCCGCCGCGAGCUGAGCGCAGACCAGUACGCGCGGCAGGUGGAGACGGAGAACAUCAACCGCGGCAUUGAGGGCGUGGACGCGCGCGGCGUGGACGCGGCGCUCAAGGUGCUCACCGUCAAGGAGGAGGAGCAGGAGAAGCACCCCGAGAAGCGCAUGAAGGCUGCCUGGAAGGCGUACGAGGAGCGCAUGCUGCCGCAGCUCAAGGAGGAGAAGCCUGGGCUCAAGAUGUCGCAGUACAAGGACAUGUUGUGGAAGACGUGGCAGAAGGCGCCCGACAACCCGCUCAACGCGGCAGCUCUGGCGGCGGCGGCUGCCUCGCCGUCGGGCGCCAAGUAACUGAAAGAACGGAGGACGAGGAGGAGGAGGGAGGAGGAGCAGAAGCAGGAAAGGAAGUCACGACUGGACAGCUUUGCCUGGAUUUGGAUCUCAAGCUGGAUUUGGGUGAGGGAUUCAGGAUGUGGAUCUGGGCUGGAUGCGGUGGGGCGUUGGGGAAGGGAAUGGGAGGUGCGUCAGUGCGUGUCAGGUGGCUGGGUGUGGCUGCGUGGCCCCUGGAGGCCGUGCGGGUGUGAAUGCGCUGCGGCACUGGAGCCACAACCAUGCGGCGGUCGGCCGGCGCCAGGACAGUGCAGCGGCUGCGGCUGCGGCGGCGGCGGCUGCCGGGUGUGAUGGGUGCGGUAGCUGGCGUAUAGGCUGCUGCAUGUGAGCCGUGUGAAGGUUGCUUUCCGGGCUGCUGCAGACUGGUCUGGUCUGCUAGCGCCGGCUUCUGCCGUGUGCCCGUGUGUACUGCUGGCACGGGCUGCAGACGUGUACUGCGGACGGGAACGGAACGGCAGUAGCGCGCCAGCAGCACGCUGGAACGGCACGGGAGCGCUAGCUGCAUGGGGGCUCACAAGGCACGCUCACAAGGGGAGUUUGAACAAUUCAGUUCCAUUCGUGUUUUCAAUUACACGCCUCGUUUAGCAUUCGAGGUAUCCUUGCAAGCUGUGGAAGGGGGGCCGGGGCGGGCGAUGGAUACGCGUGAGGCUCCUGGCUACGCGGACUAUGACGUCCCUGUGCGCUAACACAGCGCUGGUGCGUGCGUGCGUGCACCCAUGCUAGCUGCAGCGUGUGUGACGGUGUUUUUGCAUGGGCUUGAGCGGCGGGGUCCCCCCGUUUGUUCGGUUGAAUCAGUGUGGGGCGGGGCGAAGCGCAGGUUGGCCGCAGGAUGGGUGCCGGACCUGAUGGGAUGCGGAUGUUGUGGGAGUCGGAGCUGUGUGGGAGUCGGGAGCAGGAGGGUGCUGUGGGGCGGUUGUGGGACGGCGGGUCGAAUGCCGGUCGGUGGCGACUGCGCAAGGCGUUGGAGUGACGCUCUCUGGCCCUUUCAUUAAGAAAGAACUGUGCCAUGCAUUAUGCGCGCUCGACGCUGAACGAACACAAUGCACAGUACUCAGUAAUUUGGGGAUGUUCAACAAUCACUCUAUAAGGCUGGCGGUGUGCCAAGGAUGAACACAUGGCCUUUGACAGAGAGAGCCAUAAUCACUACCCAGCCCGGAUUAGCCAUGGACAUUCAUUUAAGACCUUUCCGGCCAG